AUCCAAGCAACAUAGGCCUACUCGAGAAAAUAAACUUGGAAGCUCCUCGAAUAGCAAUUCAUUAAAUGACCGUGAAAAGGGUAAAAGAUACAGUGAUGUAGUGAUUGGCAAGAGGACUGAUUGUGCAAUUAAAAGUGUUCACUUGAAACCAACAAUCAAAAAGAAGGCUAUUUUCCUCUCUAGGCUGAGCCCAGAAUCUACCGCUAAGGAUAUAGACAGUUACAUUAAGGAUGAACUUAACCUGCAAUCUCUCAAGUGUACACAAAUUAGGACAAAAUACGAAGGCUACUCUUCCUUUCAUGUAGAGGUGCCGGAAUCUGAUUUUGAUAAACUUUUAAGUGCUGAUUUGUGGCCCGAAGGUUGUCUCUUUGCUCCAUUCAAGGGAAUUCUACGAAGAGACAUAGUAGUGAAGAGAAGUGAAGAUUCAAAAAACUCUACUCUCGCAAGUCAAGAAAAUCCAGUUUGAUAGCAUAUGGGCCCGGAACUUUGUGGGAUCGAGGUGAUGCCUACUCUCAACUCAGUAAAGCGACUGGUGAACCUGAAUCAUUAGACUGUGAGACGGAGUUUAACUUUCUGUUCCUCAAUAUUCAAGGACUUAAGGACAAAUUCAUAAUUCUUGAAGGAUUUGUUAUUAAUCUUAAUCUAUCUAUACUUUGUAUCUCAGAACAUUGGCUUCAGUCAGGUGAGGUUAGCUUUUCUUGUCCUAGUAAUUAUGUAUUAGGUAACGCUUUUUGCAGAUCAAAUAAAAUCAGAGGAGGUACCCUUAUUUUUGUAAGGAAUGACCUUGCCCUACAGGCUAAAGAACUUGACGUAGCCUAUUUAUGUGACGAGCUACACUUCGAAUUGUCAUCUGUAAUUUUCGAUAGUUUGAAAAUCAUUGUAGUUUCACUCUAUAGAUCUCCUAAUGGUAGUCCAAGCAUAUUUCUUGAAAAAUUGGAAUGUUUGCUGUUGUUUUUAUGUAAUUGGCCCAGUUAUAAUGUGAUUAUUGGAGGAGACGUGAAUAGAGAUUUUGACAUCACAACAGAAAAACAAACCGUUAAAGAUUUUUUAAACCUUCUUAGACAAAACAACUAUUUUUGUAAAAAUUUUUCCCCAACACGAGGUGAGCAUUGCCUUGAUAAUGUCUUUGUAAGGAUAGGCACUAACAAUGUUGCUAGCUGUAAUAGUAAUGUAAUAUUCUUUCCUUUCUCUGACCAUGAUAGUAUAAUCCUUAGUUUAAGUUUUAAUUCAAAUAUUUUAUCUGACAAUGAGCCUAUCAGUUACCUUAGAACAGUAUUGCCCAAGUCAAGCCUUUUGGACAUAACUGAUAGCCUAUUAUCAUUUGACUGGGAUCUGUUAUUCCAAAGUCUAACUGUUGAUGCUUCAAUCUGGUUUUCAUGUUUUUUUGAAAGGUUACUCACAGUAAUAAACUAUUACUGCCGUAUGAAGAAACAUAGGCCUACUACCUGCAUGGAUAGUAGACCUAUCAAAAACAGCUGGUACACCAGUGAUCUUGCUGGUAUGAAAGAGGAGUUAUUGACCUUGAGAUAAAAAGGUUCCUCAUGACUCAUCGAGAAAGCGGGCGGGAAAGACUUAGACUAAGUGGAUUGGUUCACUUGGAGAGACGGACAAUGGAAGGUUCACGCAUCAUCAGGGAUAACCUCAACCGGGUUUGUCAAGAACUUCGGCCCCUAGUGCAACCAAGAAGUGGCAUUACAAGUGAUGGCAUCACACCACACAUUACACUUCCUAACUGGAUACAGGCGAGGUCAUUGACUUCAGCCGCAUCUACCUCCUCUGUGACUACAUCAAGAAAUGACAUGGAGUCUUUUGUAAUCAACCUAGAGUCAGAUGAAAGAGACCCAGAUGUCCAGAGUUCCAGCAGACCACCCGGCAGUCCACCUGGUGAUAGUCGAUCAAUGCCUUCCAACACUUCAUCCAACAGCCCUGAAACUAAUUCAGAACCUACCAACAAUCCACAACCAGAUGAAAGUGUUACUGACUUAUUUAACUUGAGUCCUGAAGCGACUUCACUCAUAAAUGUAAUAAAGAAAUACAUUCCUUUUGUUACAAUAAUACUGGCCAAAGCAGUAUAUGACUACAGCCCAGGUAUAUUUAAUGUAUUUCAAGCCAUUUUGCUGUUUGUUGGACUCUAUGGCACAUUUGCGUUCUACAACAGCCGUCUCAAGGCAGAAAUCGCUCAACAUUCCCAACGAAACAUUGGGUUUCUCUUGUUUGCUGUCAUCCAUCUUGUUUUUACUAUUUGUAUCUUUUACUAUCUCUACGAUGACAUGAAGCUUUAUUUAAGCGUUGUGUUUAUACCUCCCUAUGUUCAACCAUUUACUGUAGCUGAUUUACUAUGGCUAGUGGCAGUUACAGACUUCAUUCUGAAACUAAUCACUAUAAUCAUCAAGAUUCUAGUCACUAUAAUACCAAAUUACCUCUUUGAGGCUAAGAAAAGGGGAAAAUGGUAUCUAGCCAUAGAAUCGUCAUCACAGUUGUAUCGGAGCCUAGUCCCCAUCCAGCCAUGGCUGUAUUACCUGCUGGAGUCAUAUCAAGGGCCACAGAAGGUUGUGGGAGUGUUCUUAUCAGCUGCCUACAUGGUGUCCAAGGGAUCAGACCUCAUGACGAGGGCUAGAGCCUGGUGGGCUUCCAUGCUCAAGCUGCUUGAAAAUGUUCAGCUGGGUGUUAGUCCAGACAAAGAGGCUCUAUCCAACGCUGGACUGACUUGUCCCAUCUGUCACGAUGACUACGAUACCCCUGUGCUGCUAGCGUGUCGCCACGUGUUCUGCGAGAGUUGCGUCGCACGCUGGUUUGACAGAGAACAGACUUGUCCACUAUGUCGUGCCAAAGUUGUUGAUGAUCCCUCCUGGCGAGAUGGAUCUACCACUUACUUCACCCAGCUUUUCUAAGCUGCCUUGCCUGUGUAUAUCAAAUGUACAUAGGAAUGUGUAAUAUGUUCAUACACAGUUAUUUUGUUUUUUAAUGGAUUUAUUUUACUGUAUUUGUCAAAUCACAUAGUAUGGGUAAUCUUAAAUGAAUCGAAAACUUAUAUUUUAUUAAUUUAGUACAUCUAUGUCAGUUAUUUUUAUAUUUUGAGGGAGACAAGCCUAUAUUUAUGAAGAAUCAAACUUGUAGCCUAGCUUAUUAAUGUCAUAAUCAUGCAACACUCAAUAAUGUUUACCACUUGCCCAACAGUAACUCCUGAUUUGCUAUAAAAUGAAUGGUUUGAGGCAUAUUUUGUUUAUAAAAGAUAGUAACGGCAAAGGAAAAAUAAUACUCUUAAGGUUAAGAGUGAAGUAAAUACUCUGAUUGCAGCAAAACCUGCAGACUUAGUGAAUAUUAGGAUUUUGUUUUGCUACUGCUCAUAGCACAGAUUUGAGUACCACCCAGCAGGUUAAAAAAUGCUGUUCAUUUGUAAAUUGAAGUUCUUGGAUGGGUAUUUGAUGGGCUUGGUUUGUAUUAUUUAAGUUUAAUUUUUCUUAAGAUUUGGACAGUGCUUGGUUUUAUUUAGUUUUGAAAAUAGAUUUGAGCAGGGGCACUUUUUACGAUGCUAAAUUUUAGUUUUUGUUUCCUAAAUGAAAUAGUUCACAACUUCAAGCCCUAUAAUUUAUUGGUUAUCAUGCGUUAUCCACUAUAAAAUCACUCUUAUUUAAGUGCUUCAAACACCAUGUAAACAUUUUUAAUAGUUGGUGUUAAAAACUUAUGCUAUGCUAAGGAUUUCUCAAUGAACUCACAAAGCUAUCAUUCGGCCUAACUGUCCUUGUGGUCAAAACAUUAAAAACAAUAUUUUAUAAUUGGUAAGUUAUACUGCUUGCUAUUUUACAUAUUGUCAUAACAGUGAUAGCUUAUUAAAACCACAGUUUUAAACAGAUGAGAGUCGAAGUUGCACAAAUAUCUUGUUUUAAACCUUUCGGUCUUCUUACAGAACAUGAUGCAAUAUAUAGACUUGUGAGAUUGUGAAAAAAACUUAUCCUGAAAGGAGGAUUAUGAUUAUGGCUGUUAAUUAGGUUUUAGUGUUUUAAAAAUAUACUAAGACUUGUACAUAUUCUUUUUUUGUACAAAAUGUAUAUUUAAUUUGAAUCAGCUACUUGAAGUGCUUUAUUGUGCCACUUCCUAUUUAUUUAUAAUUAUCUUAACAAGGGGAUAUUUAUGAAUAGGGUUCAAUAGGGUUUUAUUUUGGUUUUUAACAACUGUUGGUUGUACACAUAGUGUCUUUUUUAAAGGGUGUAACAUAGAGCACAAGGGCCUAAGUUAUUAGGAUUUUUAAGGCUUACCUGAAUGGGAAAGAGUCCAAACUGGCACAGGAAACACAAAACUUUACACUAUUUACACAAAACAUUAGAAUAUUUCACUGUCACUGACAGUAUUUUCAACUAAGGAAGAGAGAGUUUUCUUUGUGUCCAAAAUGGCCAUUCAUGCUGGUUCUGAGGCUAUUUUGCCUAUAUAUUAGUACAUUAUGCACUCGAUGCUGUACAUUAUGUAGGCCUAUCCACCAAUAGCCUCAUAACCAGGAUGAAUGGCUAUAGACAAGAUGUAUCUACUGGAUACAAAGACAAACCAGUUGUACAACAUGCCCAGAUCCAUAACAACCCAAAUUUCAAUGACAGCUAUACAACUAAAAUAGUCAGAUCCCUGCCUCCUCAAUGUAACCAGUCACAACUGAGAAGAUGGGAAUUAUCUUACCAAUGGUUUACAAAGUAUAGACAACCCCCAAACCUAAACCUACGAUAAUACCUUUCAUCUAACCCACUCCACUUCAACAUCCAACCCAACAAGCAGGCUUACAUACUUAUUCACAUAGUGUAUAUAAGAUAACUGAAACUGUAUUUUUUGAAUUCAUACUAUUGACAAGACUGUCUCAACAGCACACUGGCCACCAGUUUGGACAUAAAGAUAACUCUUUCCUUAAUUCAAAAUGCUGUCGAUUUUUGACAGUGAAAUAUUCUAAUGUUUUGUGUAUAUAGUGUAAAGUUUUGUGUUUUCUGUGCCAGUUUGGACUCUUUCCCAUUCAGGUAGCCUGCUAUCCUCUGAAACAAUGUCUUUUUUGUUCAUACUAAAUAUCAACAUAUCAGUAAUGGCAUUUAAAAUGUAUCUGAUUGAAAAAAUGCUUUAGUUUUCAAAACAAGCUAACCAAUAUAACACUUUGUAAAAUCUGAAAAACAAAUUUUAGUAUUUUAAACUUAACACUUUAAGCAAUCAGUAAUUUCAAAUAGGCUACAGAUUUUAUUUAUAUUUGAUUUUUUAUACACUAAUUAACUAUAAUUUAUUGGAUAACGUUUUCUGCCUUUUGUAAUUUUAAUAAGAUAGAAAAUUGUGUUUUAUUUAAUCACUGGAAGGACUCAAAUUCUUGUUAAAUUUUCAUUGGAAAUAUUAAACAGUAUGAAAUGAUUACAUUGUGUUUAUUUUCUUGACUAAAAUUACCUUAGCUAACACACUAACGUAAAAACUAUUAAUUCUCAAGCUUCAAAUUCAAAGUUGGUUGUACAGUAUUACACUUUGUUAAAAU